AUGGUGCCCAGCCUGCGUCCUGCCCUCCUCCUCCUCCUCUUCCUCCUGCAGGCGUUUCUCCUGUGGGAUAGCCCAGUGGCAGCCUCCAUCCAAGAGCAGUACUGUGAGAGCCUGCCGCCCGCCACCAACCACACAGGGCCCCAGUGCAACGCCUCUGUAGACCUGAUCGGCACAUGCUGGCCCCGGAGUGCGGUGGGACAGCUGGUGGCUCGUCCUUGCCCUGAAUAUUUCUACGGUGUGCGGUACAACACCACAAACAAUGGCUACAGGGAGUGCCUCGCUAACGGGAGCUGGGCCGCACGGGUUAACUACUCCCAGUGCCAGGAGAUCCUCAGUGAGGAGAAGAAGAGCAAGCUUCACUACCAUGUUGCCGUCAUCAUCAACUACCUGGGGCACUGUGUUUCCCUUGGGGCCCUCCUCGUGGCCUUCGUCCUCUUCAUGCGCCUGCGGAGCAUUCGGUGCCUGAGGAACAUCAUCCACUGGAACCUGAUCACAGCCUUCAUCCUACGCAAUGCCACGUGGUUCGUGGUGCAGUUCACGAUGAAUCCGGAGGUGCACGAGAGCAAUGUGGUCUGGUGCCGCCUGGUCACUGCCGCCUACAAUUAUUUCCACGUCACCAACUUCUUCUGGAUGUUCGGCGAGGGCUGCUACCUGCACACAGCUAUUGUGCUCACCUACUCCACCGACAAGCUCCGCAAGUGGAUGUUCAUCUGCAUCGGCUGGUGUAUUCCUUUUCCCAUCAUCGUCGCCUGGGCCAUCGGGAAGCUGUACUACGACAACGAGAAGUGCUGGUUUGGGAAGCGAGCAGGAGUUUAUACUGACUACAUCUACCAAGGUCCCAUGAUCCUGGUGCUUCUGAUCAACUUCAUCUUUCUGUUCAACAUCGUACGGAUUCUCAUGACAAAGCUCCGAGCCUCAACCACGUCAGAGACGAUCCAGUACAGAAAAGCUGUCAAAGCCACGCUGGUGCUGCUGCCCUUGCUGGGAAUCACCUACAUGCUGUUCUUCGUCAACCCGGGGGAGGACGAGAUCUCCAGGAUUGUCUUUAUCUACUUCAACUCCUUCCUGGAGUCCUUCCAGGGCUUCUUCGUCUCUGUCUUCUACUGCUUUCUGAACAGCGAGGUGCGAUCGGCAGUGCGGAAGCGGUGGCACCGAUGGCAGGACAAGCACUCCAUCCGUGCCCGCGUGGCUCGUGCCAUGUCCAUCCCCACCUCCCCGACCCGUGUCAGCUUCCACAGCAUCAAGCAGUCCACGGCCGUCUGA